UUUCACAGUAUGUCACAUGCUCUAUUGUUGUCACAUUCGCUGUCCUCCAGAUUGAGGAACUUAACAUGCAGAAACAAGGCAGCUGAAAUACAUGCUCUCUGAACGUAAGACAAAUAGCAGGGAACAAAAAGGGACUAAUGAGUGAAAUAAACUUGAAGGAUCUCUGUACGAGCAUGAGGCAUCUCUUCUGGUGUAUCUUCAGCAGGACAUCUCUGAUCGUGCUGAUGUUACAGUGUAUCAGAGAGUGUAAUCCAAUGCCAGACCCCCAUCAGAGGGAUCUGAUGCUGAAGCAGGAGAUCUCCCAGCAAGUAGGGGGCAGUGUGGAGCUCACUCCUGCUGAACUGAAGUUGGAUUCAAUCCUACACCAGCUAAAGCUAAAGGAAAUGGUUUAUUCACCUUUCCCACCUGCCAAUCACUUCUUCAAAGUGCGGCACGUCGUGCAAAAUAGCCCUGUCUUCAAACUACUACAGAAAAUGCCAAAGGGUGCUGCCCUUCACAUCCACAACUCCGCUAUGGUGAGUGUGGAAUGGCUGGUGCUGAAUGCGACAUACAGGCCUCAUUGUUAUAUCUGCUUCACGUGGGACGGGUCACUGAAGUUCCUUUUCUCUACUUCUAUGCCAUUUCCACGUUUUGGAUGCUUUGUCUGGAAACGGCUAGACCUGCUGAGGGCCAGCCUCAGUGAUGUCACUGCCUUCGAUAACAGUUUAAUGCGGAAUCUUACACUCUUCACGGAAGACCCGGAGACGUCUUAUCCAACACAAGAUGCAGCGUGGGACAGGUUCGAGAAGAUUUUUAUGGCUCUGUCUGGGCUGAUCUACUAUGCACCUGUUUUUAACGACUACAUUUACGAGGCUCUGACGGAGCUUUACAAAGACAACAUCAUGUACGUGGAGCUGAGGGUUGGACAGUCCAAGGUCUCCUACAUUCAUUUAAGUCCAAAAAAGGCUUUCAUUUUCUCACAAAAUACAAUGCAGCAUCACCUUGCCGGUAUAAAGGACUCAUGCCAAGCGUAUGAACUGGAUGGCACUACUCAUGACAGAGCGUGGUCUCUGGAGGUCUACAGAAACAUCACUGAGCUGUUCAGAGCAAAUCAUCCAGACUUCAUUGGAACUCGUAUAAUCUUCACUGUCCACAGGAAUCUUUAUGCAUAUCAAGUGAAGUGGGCAGUGCAAGAGGCCAUUGAAAUGCAGCGAAAAUAUCCAGACAUCGUCGCUGGAUUUGACCUGGUAGGUCGUGAAGACACUGGAAGAUCUAUCUGGUAUUUUCGAGAAGCCUUGUCACUCAUUUCAGAGAUGGAAACACAACUACCUUUCUUUUUCCAUGCUGGAGAAACAGAUUUGGAUGGUACGGAUGUGGACAGGAACGUUUUAGACGCUUUGUUGUUUAACACCAGCCGCAUUGGACAUGGCUUUGCGUUGGUACAUCAUCCUCUGGCCAAGCAGCUCUCCAGAACGAGAGGGGUGGCAGUGGAAUUGUGUCCCAUUUCCAACCAGGUGCUAAAGCUAGUCUCGGAUCUGCGAAACCACCCCGCUGCGACACUAAUGUCAGAAGGUCAUCCCAUAGUGGUGAGUUCUGAUGAUCCCACCUUAUUCGGGACCACUGGGCUCUCCUAUGAUUUCUACCAGGCCUUUGUGGGUAUUGGAGGACUAAGUGCAAACCUGGGCACUCUGAAGGAGCUAGCGAUGAAUUCAAUCAGGUACAGUUCUUUGUCACCACAACUACAGGACAAAGCUUUGACGAUAUGGCAGGAAAAGUGGAAUAAGUUCGUAGCGGAUAAUUCAUAACCAUGAAAAACAGAAGAGGAGUAUUAUUUUAUUAUCAUUACCGAGCUAACAGGAAAAUGUAUCAAUCCUUUGGCUAACAUUCUGGCAAGGUUCUCACAAAGCGUUGAACAAACGUUCUUCCAGUAAUGUUAAUAUAACAUUUUUUCAAAGUUCUCUGGUCUUUAAUAGAUUUCUCAAAACGUGAGCACAAAAACAUUUAUACAUUGUUUUAGGUUUCCACUAUUCUACUGACUAGAAGUAACUUUGCAACUACAUGUCAAUUUAUUCUACUAACCCAACCAGUCUAAUACUUUAAUGGGAGUUAGUUGACAUAUAGUUGCAAAGUUAUAGUUUAGUUAGUAGAAGUGAACCAUCAAAAUAAAAUUUGACUGUUACCCAUUUUGGUUGGAUUUUCAAAACAUUUUUUAAAUGUUACGGAAUGUUUAGAGAGCAUUCAGAAGUAACCUUCCCAUAAUGUUUCCAAUUUAAUCAAAUGGAAUGUUCCCUUAUUGUCUAUGAUCAGAGAACAUUCAGAAAUAACAUUUUGCCAACUUAAUGGGAAUGUUAGUGAAAAGUUGUUAUUUUUUUAAUAUUAUGUAUAUAGGGAUGCACGACUUGGCCAACAAAUAAAUAAACUGUAAUUAUUUUGUCAUUUAUAACUCUGAAAAUCAUUGUUUUUCUCUCUAAUCCUCUUUUUUAUUUCUCAUCAGAUAAAAUAUUUUUGUGCCAUUUUUCUUUCAGUGUAUAGCUGCAUUCACAUUUUUGCUUCUCCAAUGUGCUCCAACAGGUCAGCUGUUAUUAUAUGUUAUAUGUUGCGUUUCAAAAAUCCUGAAUUACUUGUUUUAUCCUCCAGUGCUGGUUUCUGCAUUCCUGAAUAAAAACGUUUUGUACGUUCUGCUCA